AUGCCUUCUUUGGACGUGCCAUAUCCGUCGGCCUACCAAGAGAUGUCAUUUCAAGACCAGAAAUCAUGUCUUGUCGAGAUGUUGGAACUCCUGGCCGACAAAAGUAUAAUUAUGGAGAUGGAUACGAAAGGACGGAAGAGAAAUAUUUUUGGCCCAAGUUCGAGCAGAAUUAAGUUGGAGAUAAGGUGGAUAAGUUUAUCUCUGAAAUCACGAAUUUGCCAAGGCUUUGGUAAACUGUAUUUGCUCUCGGUUCAUAUUUGGGGCGUCGAUUCGCUGUGGAAGAACACUAACACGACGAAUGGGAACAAUAAUUUACAACCGCAACAAACUAGCGACAAUGUCGAGAGUGAAAUAAAUACCGGUAUUACAGUGGUGCCAUUCGAAUGUUGUCCGGGGAACUGCUCCGAAUCGGUACCUUGGCGGGCACCACAUGGACGACAGAAAGUCCGAAGUCGUCUUAUAUACCCGGACAAUCACUCUGUUGGAGGGAGAUUACUCUUCCGUGUUUCAAGUGGCAAAGGGUGGUUGGUGAAGGUUAUGAAUCGCAUGGGUGUUGCUCAUGAGAUUGCAAGUGAUCGUCAUCGUGUUGCAUCAUUUAUAGGUAUUGAGAUCCAACCUCCAGAUAAUUUUACAAACUAUAUGGAGCAGGUUAAAUGGUAUGGUUUCGAUCACGUCAUUAUUAUUGGUAAGCCUUAUUGUGGAAUCCUUUUUCUGGACUGCUAUGGUCGAAUUUUUGAAUGGGAUUCCAUGGAUCUUUUGUUAUGA